AUGAAAUACUAUGACCCGGCCUCGCUGCCCCGGUGCCGCGGGUGCUCCCAGCGCCUCAAGCCAGCACGGACAGUGCGCUUCCCCAAUGACGUUGUCUUCCAGGACAACAUCAGGCAGGGGGACCUGGAGCAGGUGGGCAGGUUUAUCCGAGCCAGGAAGGUCACCUUGAGCACCCUCUACCCCUCCGGCAUGGCAGCCCUCCAUGAAGCCGUGCUCGCUGGGAACCUCGACUGUGUCAAACUGCUGGUGCGAUACGGUGCGGACAUUCACCAGAAGGACGAGAAUGGCUGGACCCCCCUGCACAUGGCCUGCAGCGAUGGCUACAUUCACAUAGCCAGGUACCUCAUCUCUUUAGGGGCCAGGCUUGAUGCCACCAAUGACGAAGGGGAGAAACCAUCUGACCUCAUUGACGCUGACUCCAAGGACCUUGUGGAGCUCUUUAAAGCUGCCAGGAUGGACUGA